GCGGCCGGUGCGGGAGGCGGCCGGCGGCGGCGCCCCAUGGUGCGGUAUGUCCAAGACGCUGCGGAAGAAGCGGCACUGGCUGAGCAAGGUGCAGGAGUGCGUGGUGUCCUGGGGCGGCCCGGCGGGCCCCGACCCCGACCUGCUGCGCGGCGGCGCCGAGCGCGGCGAGUUCCCCUACCUGGCGGGGCGCCUGGCGCUCGGCGGCGAGGGCGCGCCGGGCCCCGCGCUGCUCUCGGGCAAGGCGCCGGCGCCGGGCGACGUGCUGCUGGAGGUGAACGGCACGCCGGUGAGCGGCCUCACGCACCGCGACACGCUGGCCGUCAUCCGCCACUUCAGGGAGCCCGUGCGCCUCAAGACCGUGCGCCCAGGAAAAGUCAUCAACAAAGAUUUGCGUCACUACUUGAGCCUUCAGUUCCAGAAAGGCUCAGUAGACCAUAAACUACAGCAAGUGAUCAGAGACAAUCUCUAUUUGAGAACCAUUCCAUGCACUACGAGGGCUCCCAGAGAUGGGGAAGUCCCUGGGGUAGACUAUAAUUUCAUUCCUGUUGAGCAGUUCAAAGCACUGGAAGAAAGUGGAGCCUUGCUGGAAAGUGGAACAUAUGAUGGUAAUUUCUAUGGUACUCCAAAGCCUCCAGCAGAGCCUAGUCCGUUUCAGUCUGAUCCAGUGGAUCAAGUUCUUUUUGACAAUGAUUUUGAUACUGAAUCACAGAGGAAAAGAACCACAUCAGUCAGCAAAAUGCAAAGGAUGGACAGUUCUCUCCCCGAAGAAGAGGAAGAGGAGGAAAAGGAAGCAAUUAAUGGCGGUGGAGGGAUAGAAAACAAAGAAAAACAUUCAGAUUCUUCUGACUGGAUGAAACCUGUUCCCAGUUACAACCAGACAAGCAGCUGCAUGGAUUUCAGAAAUUAUUUGUCAAGGGAUGAAACCCUGGAACCUCUACCCAAGAACUGGGAGAUGGCCUACACAGGCACUGGCAUGAUCUACUUCAUAGAUCAUAACACCAAGACAACCACGUGGCUUGAUCCUCGGCUCUGUAAGAAAGCCAAAGCUCCUGAAGAUUGUGAAGAUGGAGAACUUCCUUAUGGAUGGGAAAAAAUAGAAGACCCUCAAUAUGGAACAUACUAUGUUGAUCAUAUUAACCAGAAAACUCAGUUUGAAAACCCAGUAUUGGAAGCAAAAAGAAAAAAACAACUAGGACAGACUGAUGUUGGCCCUUCAAAGUCAGGACCAGAGAAGCCUCUCUUCACCAGAGAUCCAGCCCAGCUUACUGGAACCCUCAUACGGACAUCACUGAAGAAAAGUACAAUGGGAUUUGGCUUUACAAUCAUUGGAGGGGACAGGCCUGAUGAGUUUCUGCAGGUGAAGAAUGUGUUAAAAGAUGGACCUGCUGCACAAGAUGGGAAGAUUGCACCAGGUGAUGUCAUUGUAGACAUAAAUGGAAAUUGUGUCCUUGGCCAUACCCAUGCAGAUGUUGUCCAAAUGUUUCAACUAGUUCCUGUCAACCAGUAUGUGAACAUGACUUUGUGUCGUGGUUAUCCUCUUCCUGAGGACAAUGAAGACCCCAUCGUAGAUAUAGUGACAGCUACACCUAUUAUCAAUGGACCGUCUGUGACCAAAGGAGAUGUUUGUGUGACCAGCCAAGAUUUAAUACCAGGCACAGUUGUGUUGGAUCAGAAUGGAAAACUGGGUCCUAUGUUAGUCAAUGGUCGUCUGAAUGGCCCUUCCAUGGAUACAAAUGAGCAGAGGAUCUCUGUUGCAUCUUCAGGAGGCUCUCAACCAGAGCUGGUCACCAUUCCUUUGGUCAAAGGUCCUAAAGGCUUUGGGUUUGCUAUUGCAGACAGUCCUACAGGACAGAAGGUGAAAAUGAUUUUAGACAGCCAGUGGUGCCAAGGCCUUCAGAAAGGAGAUGUAAUCAAAGAGAUUUGCCAUCAGAAUGUACAGAGCUUGACACAUCUGCAGGUGGUUGAGGUGCUGAAGCAGUUUCCAGUAGGAACAGAGGUGCCACUGCUUAUCUUAAGAGGCGGUCCACCUUCACCUACUAAAACUGCCAAAGUGAAAGAUAAGCAGGACAAUUCAGGGAGUUUAGAAGCUAUCAGCGAUCCCAUUCCACAGCCUAUGCCUUUUCCACCCAGUGCUGUGAGGUCGGGCUCUCCUAAACUAGAUCCUUCAGAAGUCUACCUGAAGUCUAAGACUAUAUAUGAGGACAAGCCUCCAAACACAAGAGAUCUAGAUGUUUUCCUGCGAAAACAAGAGUCAGGCUUUGGUUUCCGGGUGCUUGGAGGGGAUGGACCAGAUCAACCAAUUUAUAUUGGAGCUAUCAUCCCAUUGGGAGCAGCAGAAAAAGAUGGCAGGCUUCGAGCUGCUGAUGAACUGAUGUGUAUUGAUGGAGUCCCUGUUAAAGGGAAAUCACACAAACAAGUUUUGGACUUAAUGACCAGUGCUGCACGGAAUGGUCAAGUACUGCUCACAGUCCGGAGGAAGAUCUUCUUUGGUGGAGAAAAUCAACCAGAGGAGGAGUCUCAGCCUAUCUCAGCCCAAAAUGAAUCUCCCCAACUGAAUCAAAUAGAGCUUGCAAGCCAGCAGUCCUCAGAAGUCUAUGAUGUCCGUCUACAGAGGAAGGAAAAUGAAGGUUUUGGCUUUGUUAUUCUCACCUCCAAAAAUAAACCUCCACCUGGGGUGAUUCCUCACAAGAUUGGACGUGUUAUAGAUGGGAGUCCAGCUGAACAGUGUGGGAAGCUGAAAGUGGGAGACCGCAUCUCAGCAGUGAAUGGUCAAUCAAUCAUUGAGCUCUCACAUGACAGUAUAGUGCAGCUGAUUAAAGAUGCAGGCAAUGUGGUAACUCUGACAGUUGUUGCUGAGGAAGAACAUCGUGGUCCUCCGUCAGGAACAAAUUCUGCCAAACAGAGUCCGGCUCCACAGCACAGACCUCUCGGAUCAGUACAGAACAACCCUUCCAGUGCAGACAGGGAUGCCACAGAAGGUGAAGCUGGAAAAGAAGUAUCAAAUAGUUACAGACUUUCAUGGCCCGAGCAUAAACACUUGGCACAAUCUGAGGCUGGUGUUGCUUCAGUAAUUGGUAGCCGUCAUUCCCAGGUACAGAAUCUUGGCUGCUAUCCAGUAGAAUUGGAAAGAGGCCCUCGAGGGUUUGGAUUCAGUCUUCGUGGAGGAAAGGAAUACAACAUGGGCUUAUUCAUCCUUCGACUUGCUGAAGAUGGGCCAGCAAUCAAGGACGGGAGAAUACAUGUUGGUGACCAAAUUGUUGAAAUAAAUGGAGAACCCACCCAAGGAAUCACUCACACGCGAGCCAUUGAACUGAUUCAGGCUGGUGGGAAUAAAGUUUUGCUGCUACUGAGACCAGGGACUGGCUUGAUACCAGAUCACAGUUUGGCUCCUUCCAGUGUGUGUCCCUACGUGAAACCUGAGCAACAUUAAGGGCUUUCAGUGCUUUUCUUGGUCUUUCCUUAAAGACUUGGUGAUUUGGAUAGUUAUAAUCCAUCUUCGUCAAAUGUAAUAUAUGAAGAACAGUCACCAUUAUCUUCAUCUUCACAUUCUGCAUCCCCAU